CGGGGGGAUCGGGGAGAGCCGGCAGCGCCUGCGGGGAAAGAACGAAGCCGGUGAAGCUAUGCCUCGUCGUCAGGGGAGCUGCGAGGCUCCGUGGCUGGCGUUCCAACAGGACUGCAUAUCGAAGAAGGGCAAGCUCUUCCCCCACGAGUGCGAGGGGGGAAGAGAUGGCUGAAAUCAGUGACCUUGACUGUCAGAUUGAACAACUGCGGCGCUGUGAACUCAUCAAGGAGAGUGAAGUCAAAGCCCUCUGUGAAAAGGCCAGAGAGAUCUUGGUGGAAGAAAGUAAUGUCCAGAGAGUAGAUUCCGCAGUAACAGUUUGUGGGGAUAUCCAUGGCCAGUUCUAUGACCUUAAAGAGCUAUUCAGGGUGGGUGGUGAUGUACCUGAGACCAACUAUCUUUUCAUGGGAGACUUUGUUGACCGAGGCUUCUACAGUGUUGAAACAUUCUUGCUGCUGCUGGCACUCAAAGUCCGUUACCCGGACAGAAUCACCCUUAUCCGUGGCAAUCAUGAAAGCAGGCAAAUCACCCAGGUAUAUGGGUUUUAUGAUGAGUGCUUGAGAAAAUAUGGCUCUGUCACUGUGUGGCGCUACUGCACUGAGAUUUUUGACUACCUCAGCCUCUCUGCCAUUAUUGAUGGCAAGAUUUUCUGUGUCCAUGGUGGCUUAUCCCCGUCCAUCCAGACGCUGGACCAGAUCCGAACAAUAGAUCGCAAACAAGAGGUCCCUCAUGAUGGCCCCAUGUGUGAUCUUCUUUGGUCUGACCCUGAAGACACUACAGGCUGGGGGGUUAGUCCUCGAGGUGCUGGCUAUUUAUUUGGCAGCGACGUGGUGGCGCAGUUCAAUGCAGCAAAUGAUAUCAACAUGAUUUGCCGGGCACAUCAGCUGGUCAUGGAGGGAUACAAAUGGCAUUUCAAUGGGACAGUUCUUACAGUGUGGUCAGCCCCCAACUAUUGCUACCGCUGUGGGAAUGUUGCAGCCAUCUUGGAGCUGGAUGAACACCUUCAGAAGGAAUUUAUCAUCUUUGAAGCAGCCCCUCAAGAAACUCGAGGCAUCCCAUCUAAGAAGCCUGUUGCGGACUACUUCCUGUGAUUGCUGCUCCUCCCUCUUUCUCCUUGUGCGGCUUCUGUUUCCUAUUCUGGAUGGAAUGGACAGCUUUUCUUUCAACCUUUGGCAGGGGUUCACCUCUCUAUUUUCCUUCUCUCCCUUACCCUGGCCCUUGCCCAAUAAAUUCCCAGUUCUGGACCCCUUAGACUGAAUUAGGCUUCUUUUCCCAACAUUGCUGAUAAUUGGUAUAUCCCCCCCACCCCCCACCAUUUUUUAGGAUUUCUGCCUGUGGAAAACCCUGGAACUUUGUCAGCUGUUUCCAUAAAAAGAAGUAUCAGCCCAGGAACAAAGAAAAGUAGUUCUUUAAAAAUCUGUAGAUAAGUCACUGACUGAUUUCUUGAGCAACUCUUGGUGGGGUUUUUCUAUUCAUGAAGCAGCAUUGUCCAAGCAGGUGCCCUCCAAAUGUAUUGGCCUAAGGCUCCUAUCAUCCUAACCAACUUGGCCAUUCUGAAUUAGAUGAUGGGAACUGUAGCAUAAUCAAAUCUGGAGGACACUAAGUUAGAGAAGGCUGCUCUAGAACAACUGGAAGUUAUUGCUUAGAGAAUAUAUACAUGUCAGUUGAUCUUGCAACGCCAUGGUUUUGGUGCCACUCUGAAAGAUUUAAGCAAAGAACAGGAAGUGCUUCAAACUUUUGCUAUUUUAGGUUGCUGGAAGACCUACAGUGCUGUGGGUUUUUGACACUUCAGUCCGUAAUUUGCUUCAGUUAUAUGGAAUAGAUUGAGCUAAUAUAGGAAGUCCUUCCUUUGGGUGCCAUCACUCCUGAUUCCCACUCUGCUCCAUAAAAACUAUAUGGCCAGUGGAAGACUAGACUGUCUCCAGCAUACUAUACCAAAAAAUCCUGAUCUUGCAAAAAUAUUUUUUGUGGUCACUGGGGAUCCAAAUGCCCUUUGGAAUCCAUUCAGCUUUGGUGAAUGGAUUUAUAAAAUCUUGUAUUGGCAGAUCUGGUUCUUAUACUUCUUCUCCCCAACUAUGGAGAUUGGGAUCACAUCAUGCUAAUGAAUUUGACCAAUGGGACAUGUUUUCUCUUUUCUCCCUCUGAUCUUCUGCCCCUGUGGGGAUGAGGUAGCCACACAUGUAAUUCCCCAGGAUGAUGUCUUCCCCUUCCCUUCUUUACUUUUAUUCCUGUGAAGGAAUGUGCAAUCCAGGUAUCUAUUUAGAGUUAGAAGCGGGAAUUUCUUGCCAUCUCCCAUGAUCUGUCUCUUGCUCUAAUUUUAUUUUGUUUUCAUUUUGUUUUUCCUAUUUACAGCUUUUAGAUAAAAAAUUAUAAUAAAAUUAAGAAAAA